AGCAUUUUGUAUAAAUAGAACGGCUUGAAGACAGUGGAUUAUGCAAAUUAGUUCACAUUGGCAUCGUCGCGCCAAAUUUACAGAGUUCAGAUUCAGAUCGUUGAGCUGGUGGCGAUGGCUCUCCGAUUCAAUUCCGAUGAUGCGACUGGCUAUAAGCUAUUGCUCUGUUUAGCUCUCAUGUAUGGCCUUAUGUCGAUGCUGGUUCACUCCAUUGUUCACAUGAAGUUUGUCAAGCCGCUCGCAAUUGAUGCGCCUCUUCAUCGAUUCUCUGAAGCCAGAGCGGUGGAGCAUGUAAGAAUUUUGUCUCAAGAGAUCGACGGUCGUCAGGAGGGCCGUCCUGGUUUUAGAGAAGCUGCUCGAUAUAUAAAAGGGCAGUUGGAGAUGAUGAAGGAGCGUGCUAGUGAUAAAUUCCGAAUCGAGAUCGAAGAGACAGUUGUUGAUGGUUCCUUUAAUAUGAUGUUUCUGGGCCACAGCAUAUCACUGGGAUAUCGAAACCACACUAAUAUCUUAAUGAGGAUUUCAUCAGUGGACUCACUAGACACCGACCCAUCAGUUCUAAUAAAUGGUCAUUUUGAUAGUCCACUUGGUUCGCCGGGUGCCGGUGAUUGUGGCUCAUGUGUUGCAUCAAUGCUAGAAGUUGGCAGACUUAUUGUAGACUCUGGAUGGAUCCCUCCUCGUCCUGUUAUUUUUCUUUUCAACGGUGCCGAAGAGCUGUUUAUGUUGGUAGGAAUUCAGGCUUUUGUUCUUACCGAAAAAUGAACUUUUAACUUUCCA